CGGUCAGGCGGGCGGUCCCUUCGCGUCGUGCAGGGACGGAGACGGGGUGGCGGUGCCUAGCCGGGCGUAGGCAAGAGCGUGAGAGAGCGGCUCCUUGCAGGCUGUGCGCGCCCGGCUUUCAGCAUGGGGGAUCAGGCUUUGAGCUUCCUUAAGGACUUCCUGGCAGGUGGCAUCGCCGCCGCCGUCUCCAAGACCGCAGUCGCCCCGAUCGAGAGGGUCAAACUGCUGCUGCAGGUCCAGCAUGCCAGCAAACAGAUAAGUGCAGAGAAACAGUACAAAGGCAUCAUUGAUUGUGUUGUGAGAAUUCCCAAGGAGCAGGGCUUUCUCUCCUUCUGGAGGGGUAACCUGGCCAACGUCAUCCGCUACUUCCCCACCCAAGCCCUCAACUUCGCCUUCAAGGACAAGUACAAGCAGAUCUUCCUGGGAGGCGUGGAUCGGCAUAAGCAGUUCUGGCGCUACUUUGCUGGUAACCUGGCUUCCGGUGGGGCAGCUGGGGCCACCUCCCUCUGCUUUGUGUACCCGCUGGACUUUGCUAGGACCAGGCUGGCUGCCGAUGUGGGCAAGGGAUCUUCCCAGCGUGAGUUCAAUGGCCUGGGCGACUGUCUCACCAAGAUCUUCAAGUCUGAUGGCCUGAAGGGUCUCUACCAGGGUUUCAGCGUGUCUGUCCAGGGCAUCAUCAUCUAUCGGGCUGCUUACUUCGGAGUCUAUGACACUGCCAAGGGGAUGCUGCCAGACCCCAAGAAUGUGCAUAUUAUCGUGAGUUGGAUGAUAGCCCAGAGCGUGACGGCGGUCGCAGGGCUGGUGUCCUACCCAUUCGACACUGUUCGUCGUAGGAUGAUGAUGCAGUCUGGCCGGAAAGGGGCUGAUAUUAUGUACACGGGGACUCUGGAUUGCUGGAGGAAGAUCGCAAAAGAUGAAGGAGCCAAGGCCUUCUUCAAAGGUGCCUGGUCCAAUGUGUUGAGAGGCAUGGGCGGUGCUUUUGUAUUGGUGUUGUAUGACGAGAUCAAAAAAUAUGUCUAAUGUAAUUAAAAACUCCUGUGCACUUGGUUCACACGUUCACAGACCCGUUGUGUGGUUUAACAGACUGUUCUUAAGGAAAUAAAAAGACAGAUGUUGGAUAAAACCAGACCAUAAGGAAUACCUCAGGAAAAAAAAUGCUUCACUGAGUAUUCAUUAAACCACAAAAGUAUUUUGUAUUUAUUUUACUUUUAGAUUCCCACAGCAAACAGAAGAUAGCCUAUCAUACUUGUUCAAUUAAUUAACUGAAGACCUGAUAAUGAAAAGAGUAACUGGAUGUGAAUCAUUAAUAAAGACUACUCAAUACA